AUGUCAUGUCAUUUGGACAAUCUUCCUUCUGAGGUAAAGGAAAAAAUAAUGAUUUAUUGUGAUGGUACGUCUUUAGGAAACCUCAUUAAAACCAGUAAAAGAUGGAAAGAAUUGAUUGAAACUUCUAAUAAAUUUACCUCAAAGAAAUGGAGCUCAGUAUGUAUGCAUGAAAUGAAACAAGAUUUCAUUAUUGAUAUUUUACAAAAUCUAUAUCCGAAAUAUUGGCUAGACGAGGAAAUAAGUUGGAAAGCAGUUUAUACAUGUUGGAGGAAAUGGAACAGAAUAAAUUACUGGACACCUACUGUCAGCACAUUCUUGAAAAAAACUAGAAAUUGUGUCUCAUCAAUAAAGUUUUCAGGCAAUUGGAUUUUUAUUGCUACUAAGAAUGAGGGAGUUUUAGAAGCUGUAAAUUACAUUACUCGGGAAAAGCUCCUUCUUUAUCAAUGUAACUCAAUAGAAGACAUAUAUAUGAGGUGUCAUAUCAAGAAAGAAGAAAGUGAUAAUUUAAUUAUGGAAAAUGUGGAACAUGAUGAAGUAGUAAUGCAGCUUUUGCACCAUUAUAUAUUUUUUGAUCUCCAUACGGGGCAGACGAGAAUAUUACCUAAGUUAUACAAAUUUUUAACUCUUAAGCACUUUGAAUCACAGGAAGUUUCAGUGACUAACAUGAGCUCCCCUUCCAUUGUACGCAAUUUAAAUGUAUCCAAUGAUAAGAAGAUUGUAGUAAAAAGGAAGGAAUGGGUGAUUUCUAAUGUUGUACAAGUUUGGAACGGCAAUAUCUUACUUUUAGACUAUAAUGAGAGGUCAGACAAAAUAGCAACCUUUGAAGUUACCGACUAUAACUUUAAAACUGUCGACCAUCCGCUAACACAUUACAAGGUUCAUAUGUUUGAAUUUUUGCACUAUUCAAUGAAAAAUUACCAUUUAGGAGUUAUGAUUAUUCUCAAGGGAGCUGAAUUGCAAAUCAUUGUGGAUGGUAGAACAAGGAAGUAUCAAACAUUCUUCUUGGAUUGUCAGAUCUUGUGUACUCACUACUAUGCAGGUCAACUCUUUCUUGGUUCAUCUACUGGUAUAAUAUACAUUUAUCGUGUGAGCUGUGAUUUAGAUUUAUUGAGUCUAAAUCUUUCAAAUUAUGAAUGUUAUUUAGAUAUUUGCUCAGAGCCAAUUUUAGCAAUUGAUGUUAGAGAAUCUAUUUUUAAGCCAAUAAUAGCUGCUGGAUCUGAACACAAUAUUUAUCUCAUCAGAAAGAUAUACCUUUAUAAAAUAUCUCCCUGGCAACAAUAUCCUGAAGUAGUAUCCUUGAUCAUUAGUCCUCACUGUCAUGUUCCUGCCAAGAAUAGAUAUUUUAGCUCCUGCAAUUGGUUUCUCUGA